UCUUUUUCUGUUUUCAGAUUUUUACAGAGUCCUUUGGAUACCAGCCAAUUUACAAUAAUGGAAAAUCAAUAGAAGAUUUGGAUGAUUAUAACUAUUCCCCCAAAUCCGAUAUGAAACCGAUGAAUAUAGUAGAACGUUUAUACAAAAGAAGUCCAGAUUCUUCUCACUCAGCAAUGGUUGUUAGCGCCAGCGACACUAAUUCUAACAACGAAUUUCAAAAACUUCUCUUUGAAAAACUGUUUGGCGUUAGAAGUCUUUUCAUAGAUAUUGUUAAGACUUUGUUUGCUUUUGUGUCCCAUAAUAUACAAUAUUUUAAGAAGUAUGUGGUAGAUUUGCCCACUUUAGGGCCUGAUAAAACGGCAGUGGCGCCGCUAACACUUCUGGGACCAUUAUACGAAGUCCUGAAACUCCUGUCCAAGGCUAUUUUUACCGAAUAAACAAUGAAAAGGAUGCUAAAGAAAAAUAAACGAUGUAUUAUUAAUUUUUUUAUAAAAAUAAAUGUGUAAAUUCAGCAAAUACUAUAAAAAUGUAUUCAUUUUUUAAUCAAUAAAUAUGCCUGUUUGACAUUGUACCUUAUUACCA